ACAACAACUCCAUAUAGGAUUAAUUUUAUGAGUAAUUUAGGUACUUUAUAGAUAUUUAUAAAAUUGUCCAGUUUCGACUUAAAAUCAAUCGAUCGAGAAAAAGGAUAUGCAGUUUUGUCACUGUUAAUAUGCUCUCUACAGACAGCGGAAAUAAUUAAUGUAUAACUCUUCAUUUAUGACAUCCACAGAAGAAAUAUCAUAUUGGUUUUGAUAAUUAUGAUUUUUUUUACCUAUAACUGGUGAUUGGACAUGUGGAUAAGUUAUCCGUUAUGUUUGUGACACUUUACUACUGGACGUGAUUGCUCGAUGUACGCAAGUCCCGCCUUACUAAUAAAGACCCAAACGUGAAUCUUCUGCCGUCCUGAAAGCUGUCGUCUGCAAAUGGAUAGUGACAAUUCAUCUUACUCUCUGAAAGACGAAGGAAAGAGGGAAAUGUAUGAAUCUUUUCACUACUGGGCCAUCCAGAAUUAUGGGGACAGUGGAAAAACAAAAACAGUGACACAUAAAAAGUACCAACGUAUAACAGAUAUCCUGACGGGAGAUGAGCCUCCGACGGCUGGAAAUUCUAAAUUCAGAUUUUGGGUUAAAGCAAAAGGAUUCCGUUUAGGACCUGUAGACGGGAGUGACCCAUCCAGAACCUGCUUAUAUGUUCCAACAAAACCUGUUACUGAUUCUAACAGUAAUGAUACUAGUAAGGAGUAUAAACGGGUGGCCAUUGUGGAGGAUUUCUUCGACAUCAUAUAUGGAGUACACGUGGAGAUGGAUGGACGAGGAGGUAAACACGCAGGACAAAAAAGAACAUAUCGAGCGAUUGCUGAAAAAUAUGCCUUUUUACCUCGAGAGGCUGUAACACGGUUUCUUAUGUCAUGUUCUGACUGCCAAAAGAGGAUGCACUUAUCUUCUGCUGACAGUACAAACAACGAAUCUGUAAAUAGCAGUUUUGUAAUCCCCCAGUCACAAUAUAGCUUUAGGACUACGGAACAUGACAACGAGGCACAGAAUGUACCCAUUGUAGACUUCAACAUGCCGAUUACUCAAACUUACCUCAAUCACCUUAAGUACAGAAACCUCCACACAGAAGUUUACAGCGACGAGGAGAGUAUGUCUACUACAGACAGUCUAGCAAGUGAAGCGAGCCCUGUAACAGACGUGAGGACCAGCACACCUGUUAAAGAUGCCCCAUCUGAGAACGGAGACGCUGUAAAUGGACCUGUAAAUUUAUCAACACCAAAAAGCUCCAGGAGUACAGAUAGUCCAAUGGAAGAUGAUAAAGUACCAAUAGCUAAAUCACCAACCCCUAGAAAUGACAGAAAACGACGAGCAAGCGACGACAGUAGUGUAGAGAGUUCAACCAAGACUAGUGAGGUAGAAAUGGGCGAUGAUCAAGACGGCAAAGAUGAUGACGAUGAUAAUGACGACGAUGAUGACGAAAAAAUUCCAGUUGGGAAAGAAAUUGACCCCGAGAGACUGAAAGCUUUCAAUAUGUUUGUUCGAUUAUUUGUCGAUGAAAACUUGGACAGAAUAGUACCCAUAUCAAAACAACCUAAGGACAAAGUUCAAGCAAUUCUUGAAGCAUGUGAUCGUCAGUUUCCGGAAUUUCACGAGAGAUCACGAAAAAGGAUUAGAACUUACCUCAAGUCCUGCAGACGAAUGAGAAGAACUAAAGAGCAAAAUGGUUGGGAACCGCUUCGACCAACACCUCCCCACCUGACUUCAGCCGCAGCAGAAGGUCUUUUAAGUAGUGCAUGUGAAAAUGAGAGUAAUAAUGCUAAGAGAAUGCGCAUGGGACUUGAACCACUUCCGGCAUCAGUGAUGAACGCAGCAAAGGAAUCAUCUACCACUAACCAAAGUCAAACAUCUACACCACAAUCAACGCCUUCAUUACAGAAGCAGACGACACCACCACCACCAGCGCCACCUGCUGUCCAGGUUGCCCACAGUCGGUCUUCACCAGCACCACAACCCUCAGCAACUCCUCAGGCUGAAAGACAUUCACAGAGUAACAGUGAUUUCCUACGACAUCAGCCUCCACCACCCGCCUUCAGGCCUCCUCCAGAGUUUCAUUCGCCAUUUUUUCCGAACGGAAACGGACUUUUCCGUCCAGGUUUUCCGCCAACCUAUCAGCAUCCAGCCCAUCAUCACCCCACAGUGUUGUCACAUAGUUCUAUAACAGCAAACUCUGUACAAAAUGGACCAACCGAUUUAAGCUUGAAGAAAAAUUCUGCAAAGAACCAGCUAAGUUCUACUGAGAUAACAACUAUUAAGCAGCUCAUUGCAGGAUAUCGUGAAUCUGCCGCCUUUCUGUAUCGAUCAGCAGACGAACUUGAACAAUUACUUCUGCAACAAAACUGAUAGUAGAUGAGGUUCAAUUGAAACUUGUGAAAUGUAUUUGAAUAUAAUGUAAUAACUUGAUUAUAAAUAGCAUGUAUUUUGUUUAAAACUACUCUUUUGUAAAGAAAACUCUAAAUGAAAGUCAACCAUGUGCAUACUGUUUUUGUUCACUUGGUGAAAGGCCCCAAAUUGUAUAGUUUGUCACAAUUUCCCGAAUCAUGUUUUGGACUUAACAUGGUUUAUAUACAAUAUAUUGUUGUUUUGUAUGAUUGAGAGAGUUUACUUGAUGUUCUAUUUUGUAUUGGGUAGAAAGAAUCUUUUAUCGCCGCAAACUUAAGCGUUUAAAUGAAUGAGAUAUCCUGGAAAUAGUGUUGUAAUACGAUUUAAUUUUCAUUAAGUAUUUAUUUUCAAGGAAAAUUCAUACCUGCAUAUCUUAAAGGUUCAUGCUUUGUCACUACACAUAUUAUAGUUUUUGACAAUCCAUUUUUUAAAACUUCAAAUAUGUAAUUGAUUUUUAUAAAUUUAUACCGGGAUAAAUUAUAACAGAUUAUUUUUGGCCUGAUUUUCAUAACUUAUGUGGUGCAUAUGUCAUGCUCUAGCUCAUUGUUCUGUGAUCUUGCAGGGAUAUUAAAUAACUAGUCAAAUUUUACAUUUAUAUAUUAUCAUGUGUAUAGUUGUGGGCUUACUUGUCUGUGUUUCCAUUGAUAUUAUAUUUUACAAUUACAGAGCUAUUUUUGUAUUUUUAAUGUUUGAUAUUUGUAUGAAUUUGCAGUUGUGGUCACAUUAUCCCAGGAAAGUGCUAGAUUUUCUUAGAUUUUAAGUAAUUUCUUAUUUAUUUUGUUGUAAACCUUUUAAAACCUUCGAUAUUUUCUGUUCUUAAACCUUCAAUAGCUUAAAGUUCUUUCAUAAUUAUUUUUAAAUGAGGAUGAGUGUAACUUUUAACGAACAUGCAAAUAGACAGUUCUACAUGAGUUAAUUUUAAUUCGUGGUCUUGGAGUACACUUUUAGUGAUUUUCUGUGGUUUUGCUUUAAAGUAAAAGUAUUUUAUAUUGCUACAUUAUUUUAUCAUUUAUAAUGUGAGAAUAAACCUUAAUGCCUCAUGAUUUUUUAAUGGCAUAGCUCUCGAAAGAAAGUUAAAAGAAAUGUCAAAUAUUUGUAUCAAACUUAAGACAUUUACACAUUUUUUGGUCAGGUUAUUUAUCCUGUAGCCUUCUGUUUCCUUUGCUACUUUUCCUAUACCAUGUUUCUAUAUCCUUAUUAACAUAGUACAAUAAGAUUAUAAUAAAUUAUUUGCAAAAAACAAUUUUGGUUUUGAUAUUGAAGUACAAACUAUAUGCUAAUAUUUUUUUAAUUUAAAAUAUGCUUAAAUUAUAUUGAAGAGACUUUACUUGUGUCUUUUACACGAUGGUCGAAUGAGAGGUUUUGAUAUAACAGCCUUGACCAGUUAUUUUCAAUAUGGCUUGUCCAGAAAAAUGUAAAAUUCUUUAAUUUUUUUAUUUAUAAAUUGAAUCAAAAUAUUGUUUUAUAAUAUUAGAGGACGUUGUGCAAUGAUUGAUUUAGUUUUUAGGAGUAAGAAAAUCUUAUACUUCUCAGGUUACUCAAAGAAAUCACAUGCAAUUAUUUCAUUUAGUUAAACAAAUUUUAUAUAGCGUGGGAUGCUUACAUUCCAAGAAAUGAAAUAACAUGUUUGCAUUGAAAUAUAAAGUUACUGGAGUAAAUCCUGUGCUGUUUUAUCAUUAUACAUUUAAAAAAAUGUUUUACUUUGAAUUUUAAAGGCAAUCGUUUUAAUAAUCUGCCUCAUUUGUGUUCAUAAUUUGUAGAUAUUUCUUGUGUUUAUUUAUUUGACAUUCCUUUGUUUUGUUAUUUAUUUAUUUCUGUUGUUUUCAGUAUUAUUUACUAUACUAUAUAUGACUGUUUUUAUUUUUGUGUAUUUUUGAUCUCAAAAGUGCAAUAGAUUAAAUUAGGUGGAUAUUUAAUAUUUAUAUUCAUGUAAUGUAUUUUUGUCUUGUGAAAAGA